GCUCCCGCCCCAGCGCGCAUGCUCCGCCGAGCCACUGAGCUCAGGCUCCUGGCGGCGGCGGCGGCGGCGGCUGCGGAGGAAGUUUCCGCUCUGCACUCCACCCCGGUAGCAGCUUCGGAGCCGGGGACAGCUUCCUCCGGACGCUCCGCGGGCUUCGCUGCCGCCGCAGGGCGGUCCGACGGGAUCAUGGGGUUGUCAAAGGGGCCGGAAGGCCAGGGUCUCCCGGAGGUAGAGACAAGAGAAGAUGAAGAGCAGAAUGUCAAGUUGACUGAAAUUCUGGAGCUCUUGGUUGCAGCUGGGUAUUUCAGGGCAAGAAUUAAAGGCUUAUCACCUUUUGACAAGGUGGUGGGAGGAAUGACCUGGUGCAUCACCACUUGCAACUUUGAUGUGGAUGUUGAUUUACUCUUUCAGGAGAACUCUACAAUAGGUCAGAAAAUAGCUCUAUCGGAAAAAAUCGUCUCCGUCCUGCCAAGAAUGAAAUGUCCACACCAGCUGGAGCCCCACCAGAUCCAGGGGAUGGAUUUUAUUCACAUAUUUCCUGUUGUCCAGUGGCUGGUGAAGCGAGCUAUAGAAACAAAAGAAGAGAUGGGUGACUACAUCCGCUCCUACUCCAUAUCCCAGUUCCAGAAAACCUACAGUCUGCCUGAGGAUGACGACUUCAUGAAGAGGAAAGAAAAGGCCAUCAGGACAGUUGUUGACCUCUCUGAUGCUUACAAACCUCGUCGGAAAUACAAACGCCAGCAGGGAGCAGAGGAGCUGCUAGAUGAAGAGUCUCGGAUCCAUGCCACGCUUUUGGAAUAUGGCCGGGUCACUGAUUCCUUGAUGAGAUAUGGAUUUAGCCGCGAGAGCAAAACAGAAAAGGCUGAGGACAAGAAAAUGGCACUUCCGACGGGGCUGUUGACUGCAGAAAAAGCUGAUGCCCACGAGGAGGAUGAGCUUCAAACUGCUGAAGAACAGCGUAUUCAGUCCUUGAUGACCAAGAUGACCGCCAUGGCACAUGAGGAGAGCCGGCCGACCGCAAGCUCCGUGGGCCAGAUCGUGGGCCUGUGCUCUGCCGAGAUCAAGCAGAUCGUGUCUGAGUAUGCAGAAAAGCAAUCUGAACUGUCAGCUGAAGAAAAUCCAGAAAAGUUAGGAAUCUCCCAACUACAUCGGCGAAAAGUCAUUUCCUUGAACAAGCAGAUUCUGCAGAAGACCAAACAACUGGAAGAGCUUCAGGCAAGUCAUACUGACCUACAAGCCAAAUACGAAGGAAAAAAGAAAACCCUGACAGAGCUCAAGGGUCACAGUGAGAAACUGGACAAAGAGCAGACAGCUCUCGAGAAGAUAGAGGCCAAAGCUGAUCCGAGCAUCCUGCAGAACUUGAGAGCCCUUGUAGCCAUGAAUGAAAAUCUGAAAAGUCAGGAACAGGAGUUUAAAGCACAUUGUCGAGAGGAGAUGGCACGGCUGCAGCAGGAAAUCGAAAUCCUGAAGGCUGAGAGGGCGCCAGGCAGAGAUGAAAAGACCCUCUCUGGGGGAGAGUCACAUGGUGCCUUAACCUCUGCGAUGACGCACAAUGAAGACCUAGACAGACGGUAUAACAUGGAGAAAGAGAAACUUUACAAGAUCCGUCUACUACAGGCUCGAAGAAAUCGAGAAAUAGCAAUUUUGCAUCGCAAGAUUGAUGAAGUGCCCAGCCGAGCCGAGCUAAUACAGUAUCAGAAGAGAUUUAUUGAACUCUACCGCCAGAUUUCGGCAGUGCACAAAGAAACCAAGCAGUUCUUCACUUUAUAUAAUACCCUGGAUGACAAAAAGGUUUAUUUGGAAAAAGAGAUCAGCCUGCUGAACUCCAUUCAUGAGAACUUCUCACAAGCCAUGGCCUCCCCUGCUUCCCGGGACCAGUUUUUACGUCAGAUGGAACAGAUCGUAGAAGGAAUUAAGCAAAGUCGAAUGAAGAUGGAGAAGAAGAAACAAGAAAACAAGAUGAGAAGAGACCAGCUGAACGACCAGUACUUGGAAUUGUUAGAAAAACAGAGGCUGUACUUUAAGACCGUGAAAGAGUUCAAGGAGGAAGGCCGCAAGAACGAGAUGUUGCUGUCCAAAGUGAAAGCCAAGGCCUCUUGAACAUUCCCAGACAUCAUUGCACGUCACUGAUGUCUUCGUCUACACGCCAUGUAUCAGCUCCGAGAUGGUGAAAUGGUUCUCGACACUGCAGCAGAGAUGUAGGUGUGAUGAUCUCAACACGGGAUAUUUCCUUCCUCCUGUUUGCUCACAUUUCAUCUCCAUGGUGGCUGUUGUCCAUGGGAUCGGACGGUGCAGACGUUGUGGCUUGGAUAACACCCAUCCUCCAGUGAAGAAAUGUGGGCAGUGUUUGUUCUCUGUGUCGAUUCUACUUUUAUUUCUCCAGUAACAUUGCACAUAUGAAGGUACCUGUAUUUGAAUGGACUCUGAAUAAAGAGGAAUUCAUUUGUUCA